UUUACGUUGCGGUCAGAUAAUGAGGCACUCAUGUUCAUGACAAAGAACGGAAAUCGUAAAGAUGUUGGGAAAAGGAUCUUAUCACGGGCGGAAGGCUGGAUGCUAAGAAUGGACCACUUCACCUAUGACUUUGAACACGUUUCAGGGAAGGACAAUAUUGCAGACGCUGCAUCAAGAAUUGGAGCCAAACGAGAAAUGCCUCAGUUUGGUAUCGAAGAGGAACCCCACGAGCUAUUUUCUGUGACGGCUAGUCCAAGUAUUAUAAACAACCAGUUGUUGGCAUUAACUAACGCCGACGUUAAAAGGGCAUUAAUUGAAGAUAACGAACUGCAAACUGUCAUUGAGUGGUUGGACAAAAACGAGAAGUGGCCGACACAAAUUUCGAAAUACCAGGCAUUCCAGGGCGAUUUGUAUUUGAAAGGAGAAAUGUUAAUGAAACGGGAAAAAAUGGUUUUACCGUCAACACUACGAGAUCGAGCGCUUCGUUUGGCCCAUCGAAGUCAUCCUGGGAUGUCAACCAUGAAAAAUUUUUUAAGACAAGGUUUGUGGUGGCCUGGUAUAGACCGCGAUACAGAAGAGUUUGUUAGGAGCUGUCCUGAAUGUCAACUUGUUACUGUGUCUUCACAUCCAGUGCCCAUUGUGAUGACAGAACUUCCUCAGAAUCCAUGGGAUUACGUAUCAAUGGACUUUGCCUCAGCAUCGGAAGUUAACAACUGGAAAGCGUUAGUUUUGACGGAUAAUUAUUCUCGGUUUCUUGUCGCUGUGCCGCUUGAUAAAACGGAUACUGAAGCUGUAAAAAGAACCCUAAAGAAAGUCUUCAACACAUACUAUAUUCCAAAAACUCUAAAAGCCGACAACGGACCACCUUUUAACAGUGUCGAGUUGAAAUCCUGGCUAAGUACAACUUGGGGAGUGCGCCUGAUCAAUAGCACACCAUUGAACCCUACAGAGAAUGGUCUUGUAGAACGGAGUAUGCAAGGUAUUAACAAGAUCACUGCGAUUGCCAAACUUGGGAAAGUUAGUUGGAAGGAAGCCUUAGCUGAUUAUGUAGCAGCAUAUAACUCGUGGCCGCACCAUGUGACAAAGAUUGCACCGGCGGAGUUGAUGUUUGGACGAACUGUGCGGAGUGUGUUGCCGGAUCUGCGUACUGAUCAGCAACAGUUUUUUGAUGCAGAGCUAAGAGAUCGAGAUCAACAGGCAAAAUUUUGCCGCAAUUCAAGAGAAGACAGCUCGCGUAGAGCUAGAUCAUCCGAAAUCGACGUAGGAGAUACAGUGCUCGUCACUCAACAAAAACGGGACAAAGCUGACACUUCGUACAAAAAUGCUUUUCAUAAAGUCAUCAAAAUCCAAGGAGCUGGACGAGCCACUAUUGAGGACUCCACUUCAGGAAAGACAUACGAUCGCAACAUAAAGCAUCUGAAGAAAUACGUAGAACGUAAGCCAAGUGUUAUUGGUAAUGAUGCACCCUCGGAGGAGGAGGUAUGUGUUCCGGGACAACAAUUGAACGAUCAUUCUCAGUUGAUGGAAUCUGAUUCGGUGCAGAAUGGUACAAAACGCUGCACCUCUGAAAACGAAGGACCGAUUGCAAAACGCCGCGAUACCCGGUUGAUUAAAAAGCCAAAGAGAUACCUCAAUAGGGUUGUGUUAUCAGAAGAUUGAAUAUCAAUACUAUAUCGCUCUGUAAUAUUGUCAUUUUUAUUAUUGAUUGAGGGGAGGAUGUGGUAUUUUGAGUUAAGAGUGUAUCUGAGGGGGUGA